UGUCCUUAAAGAGAAAGAUGUUACCUCGAUUCCUGACCGCCUCCUAUCCGAUGGAACGCCAUUAUUUUAUGGUGCCAAAGUUUGCAUUAACGCUGAUUGGCUUCUAUCCCGAACAGAAGCGAACUGUUUUAGUGAAACUGUGGAGUUUCUUCAACUUUUUCAUCCUCACCUACGGCUGUUAUGCAGAGGCUUACUAUGGCAUACACUACAUACCGAUUAAUAUAGCCACUGCAUUGGAUGCCCUUUGUCCCGUGGCCUCCAGCAUUUUGUCCUUGGUCAAAAUGGUCGCUAUUUGGUGGUACCAAGAUGAAUUAAGGAGCUUAAUACAGCGGGUGAGAUUUUUAACAGAGCAACAGAAGUCCAAGAGGAAGCUGGGCUAUAAGAAGAGGUUCUAUACACUGGCAACUCGUCUGACUUUCUUGCUAUUAUGCUGUGGAUUUUGCACCAGUACUUCCUAUUCCGUCAGGCAUUUGAUAGAUAAUAUCCUGAGACGCGCCCAUGGCAAGGACUGGAUCUACGAGACUCCUUUCAAGAUGAUAUUUCCCGAUCCUCUGCUGCGUCUGCCACUCUAUCCCAUCACCUACCUCCUCGUGCAUUGGCAUGGUUACAUUACAGUGGUUUGUUUUGUCGGCGCAGAUGGUUUCUUCUUGGGGUUCUGUUUAUACUUCACUGUUUUGCUGCUCUGUCUGCAGGAUGAUGUCGUUGAUUUACUAGAGGUUAAAAACAUCGAGGAGAGUCCCUCCGCAGCGGAGGAAGCUCGGAUAGUUCGGGAAAUGGAACAUUUGGUGGACCGACACAAUGAGGUAGCCGAGCUGACAGAAAGAUUGUCUGGUGUUAUGGUAGAAAUAACACUGGCCCACUUUGUUACAUCAAGCUUAAUAAUCGGAACCAGCGUGGUGGAUAUUUUAUUAUUUUCUGGCCUGGGAAUCAUUGUGUAUGUGGUCUACACUUGUGCCGUGGGCGUGGAAAUAUUACUAUACUGUCUGGGAGGUUCUCAUAUUAUGGAAGCGUGUUCCAAUCUAGCGCGCUCCACAUUUUCCAGCCACUGGUAUGGACACAGUGUUCGAGUCCAAAAGAUGACCCUUUUAAUGGUAGCUCGUGCUCAACGAGUACUGACAAUUAAAAUUCCUUUCUUUUCCCCAUCAUUAGAGACUCUAACUUCGAUUUUACGUUUUACUGGAUCGCUGAUUGCUCUGGCAAAGUCGGUUAUAUAG